AUGUCUAAAUCCGGCGGCUCUUCGUUCAUCCCCGAUUAUGCCUCUUACAACUGGACCGGUGCUCCCUCCAACUAUGAGCAGUUCACCACAAAUGAAAUUGGCGGUGAUUCGAGGACCGAAAAUCUGAACAAAUGGUUUCAAUCCGGUGACCAGGCCUACAUCAUCGUGGCCUCGGCCAUGGUCAUGGUCAUGAUUCCCGGUCUCGGUUUCCUUUAUUCUGGUUUGGCUCGUCGUAAGUCGGCGUUGAGUAUGAUCUGGGCCUGUAUGGCAUCUUUCUCCGUCGUCACUUUCCAGUGGUACUUCUGGGGUUACUCACUGGCCUUCUCCCCGACUGCAACCAAUGGGUAUAUUGGUAAUCUCCGCAACUUUGGUCUGAUGAACACUCUGGCGGAUCCGAGUCCCGGAUCCCCUCUUAUUCCCAAUCUCCUUUACGCCUUCUACCAGAUGCAAUUUUGCGGUGUUACUGCAGCCAUCGUCAUGGGUGCUGUUGCUGAGCGUGGACGUUUGCUUCCUGCUAUGGUUUUCACCUUCAUCUGGGCGACCAUCGUGUACUGCCCGAUGGCCUGCUGGGUGUGGAACGUGAACGGAUGGGCCUACAACUACGGUGUCAUGGACUACGCAGGUGGUGGCCCGGUCGAGAUUGGAUCUGGUAUGGCAGCUCUCGCAUACUCCAUGGUCCUGGGUCGUCGUCAGGAACGCAUGAUGCUCAACUUCCGCCCUCACAACGUCUCCCUCAUUCUCCUCGGUACGGUCUUCCUCUGGUUCGGAUGGCUUGGAUUCAACGGUGGUUCGGCAUUCGGUGCCAACAUUCGAGCCACAAUGGCUUGCUGGAACACCAACCUGACUGCUGCCUUUGGUGCCAUUACCUGGGUUCUCCUCGAUUGGCGUCUGGCUAGAAAGUGGUCUAUGGUCGGCUGGUGUUCCGGCACCAUCUCCGGUCUGGUUGCCGCCACUCCCGCCUCUGGUUAUCUGAGCCCUUGGGCUAGUGUUAUCCUGGGCAUUGUGACUGGUAUUGUUUGUAAUUAUGCCACCAAGGUGAAAUACUGGAUUCGGAUCGAUGACUCUAUGGAUGUGUUCGCUGAGCACGGUGUCGCUGGGAUUGUCGGUCUUCUUUUCAACGCCCUUUUCGGAGACGAUGCGAUUGUCGGCCUCGACGGUGUCAACACUGGAAGUGGAGUCGGUGGGUGGGUGAUUCACAACUAUAAGCAGCUCUAUAUCCAGGUUGCGUUUAUUGUGGCUUCCUGCGCCUAUUCUUUCGUGGUCUCUGCCAUCAUCGCCUAUGCCAUCAACGCUAUUCCCGGUCUGAAACUCCGUGCCUCCGAAGAAGCCGAAUUGCUCGGUAUGGAUGAUGACCAGCUGGGCGAGUUCGCUUAUGAUUAUGUCGAAGUUCGCCGUGAUUACCUUGCCUGGACCCCUCAGAAGCACGAUCAGCUCGAAGACGGUCACGAGAUCCCCCACGCUGCCCGCUACGGCAUCGGCGAACACAGUGAGAUGCUGGAAGGCCAGACCCCCGUCCGCAUUCACAGCCAGGGCUGCAGUGAAGGCGACUCUGGGAUCCAAGAGCUCAAGAUCGCUCCGGCUCCGCGACAGGUCGCUGAGCACCAUGCUCCGGCUCCUUCGGCUCCUCAGACCAACGGGCAACCCGCCCCGCAACAAAUCGAAGAGAAGCAGGAAAGCUCGACAUAA